AGAUUCAGCUCAACAAUUUAGUAGAGCUACUAUUGCAUCGGUCGGAAAAAAACGACGUCGCUUUGUUGAAGAAAUCGGAGAGAAUGUCGUCUUCGGAGGAAGAAGUUGGUCAGGGUCCGACUCCAGGUACCGGCACCGUUCGCAAAUUAUCAUGCUCUGCCUGCUUUGACUCUCUCUGGUUCUGUUAUUCUCCGGUUCACCAGAUGCAGCAAUACUAUAGGCUUGGGUCACUUGAUAACUGUUCCCAAAAAUGGAGUGCUGUGGUGGAUUGUUUAACUUUGAAGACGAAGCGGUCUGCUCAAGUUCAGGAAAUUCUGGAAACUCGUGAGAAAGACAAACCUCAUAUUUGGACUGUCCGGACUCCAGAGGAAGCAUCGUCCCACUGGAGAGACCUAUAUGGACAUUUGGAUGAAGUUGAAUGAUGGAGAUUUAAGGUGAACUGGUUCUUGCUUUACACCAAAUAAACUGAUUAUGAGAGUAUAUAUACAUAAAUUUGGUAGCUGAUUCAAUGGGAGUUUUCUUUUAUCAUGAAAUUUUUUAUUUAAUACUGCUUUUGGAAUUGAUGAUUUAUCAAUAAAAUGAUUUAAAGUGAACAUUUAGUUUAUCAAAAAGUGUAAAUUAAUUUCCAUUUGAAAAACAAAAUUUAGAAUGUAGUGGCCCCAAAAUAUGGGAGUCAGUUCAAUAGAAUUUACAUAUUCUCCAAUGAGUACCAACAACAUUUUGGGAAAUUUUUUAGAGACUUUACACUA